AUGUAUUUAUUGAUUUAUUUUUCCAGGGUUGAUUUCAAUGUUCCAUUGAAAGAUGGGAAAAUUACAAACAAUCAAAGAAUUGUAGCAGCUUUGGAUACCAUUAAGCAUGCCUUAAAUCAAGGAGCUAAGUCUGUAGUUCUCAUGAGCCACCUGGGUCGUCCUGAUGGUAGGCGUGCAGAAAAAUACUCGCUAAAGCCUGUAUCGGAGGAGCUAAAAAUAUUACUUGGAAGAGAAAUUACUUUUCUGUCUGACUGUGUUGGUGCAGAAGUAGAAGCAGCUUGUCAAGAUCCACCAGAGGGCUCUGUAAUUCUGCUGGAGAAUUUAAGGUUUCACGUUGAAGAAGAAGGCAAGGGAGUUGAUGCUGAGGGUCAAAAGGUGAAAGCAAGUCCAGAUGGUGUUGCCAUAUUUCGUACUUCUCUGACCAAGCUUGGUGAUGUUUAUGUUAACGAUGCUUUUGGUACUGCCCAUCGAGCCCACAGCUCCAUGGUAGGUGUGGAACACUCUCAAAGGGCAGCAGGAUUCUUACUGAAGAAAGAAUUAACCUAUUUUGCAAAAGCUCUAGAAAGUCCUGAAAGGCCUUUCCUUGCUAUUCUAGGCGGAGCCAAGGUCAAGGAUAAGAUACAGCUAAUUGAAAACAUGUUGGAUAAAGUUGACGAGAUGAUCAUUGGAGGAGGUAUGGCUUUUACCUUCUUAAAGCAACUAUAUGGAAUGGAGAUUGGAAACUCAUUGUAUGAUGAAGAAGGAGCAGGAAUUGUGGGAAAACUUAUGGAAAAAGCUCAGAAAAACGGGGUUCAGAUUCACUUGCCUGUAGAUUUUGUCAUUGCCGACAAGUUUGACGAAGCUGCUGCCACUAAAAUAGCUACUUUAGAUUCUGGUAUUCCUGCAGGGUGGAUGGGUCUUGACUGUGGAGACAAGAGUGUUGCAAAAUUUUGUGAAGCAGUUCAGCGAGCUAAAACAAUAGUAUGGAAUGGGCCAGUGGGUGUCUUUGAAUGGGAAAACUAUGCCAAAGGUACUAAAGCUGUUAUGGAUGAAGUCGUAGCAGUAACACAGAAAGGAGCUACAACUAUUAUUGGUGGCGGUGACACAGCCACGUGCUGUGCUAAAUGGAAAACUGAAGAUAAAGUGAGCCAUGUCAGCACAGGGGGAGGAGCUAGCUUAGAACUUCUCGAAGGUAAAACACUUCCUGGAGUAGCUGCUCUCUCUGAUGCUGCCUGAAGAUCAGUAAGGAUGGUGUGCCACCGUUUGUUCCAAGAAUGGUUGAUAUUGUUUUCAUAUCGGUGGUCUCUUCUGUGCAACUUUCUACUGGAAAAUUUGACAUCAAAGAUUAAAAUUCACACACACACACGUUUAGCUAAAAGUUGCUAUUAGCUUGCUAAUUACUGAUGUACAAACUAUGUCCUCUUUGUGCUGUACGGGCAGACUUUUAUCUGUUGUUCCGUAGUAGAUUGCUUUUCUCAGCUCUUUAGGCUUAAUAGAAUGUUUAGUACCGAAGAAAAAUCAUUACUUUAUUGUUUAAAAUAUAAUCUGGAAAUAUGUAUACUUAAUGAAGAACAUACGCAUAGCUUUUGACUUGAAUAUAAUUAGUUCUUUCAAAAGUGAAAACUAUGAAUGUAGUUACACAUCUCUGAAAAAGUCUACUGUAAGCAAUAGUGAUAAUUAACUACUUGCUUUUACAAAGUAUCAUACGAAUUAUGUUCAUUUGUAAUAUACAUCAGAUGCUUUGAGUUAUAUUAGAUUAAGAUUUUUUUAAACAAAAUCAUUUCAAUAUUGUAAUUGUAUUAAUUUUUUGGUUCUACUAUGAAAAUGUUUUUAAGUAAUCAUUGUUUGAAAGUUCCAGAUUAUCUUUUCAAUUUAAUUGAAACAGAAAGUACUUCAAAUGCUCUUAUCAAUUUUAUAGGAUGUAUAUUGUUUGAUAAUACAGUAUUAUGCAUUUAUCUUUUUCAAGAACUGUAAACUUCCAUUGACCAUUAGAUAGGACUCGGGUACACAAAUGAGUUAUUAAAAAUGAGUGCUGUUUAAUUUGUUAGUAGAUAGCUUUAGUUAUCAGUGUAACUUGUAAAAUUCACACUUACACUGUAAUUAUAUUUUAAUUUUCUAACGAAGUCAUGAGUUUAAAUAAGUAAUCAGACUUGUAUUCAGACUGCUGUUCAGAAAAACAUCUUUGUAUUUAACAUGUUUAGUUUGGUUUUACACAAUAAACAGAACUGUGUUUCGUUUAAAUGUA